CCUCCUUUGUCAUUCUUCAGCUAUUCUUUGCGCUGCGUGCGUAUCUGCGCUCGUAUUUCUACAAGAGCUAAAUAAAAUUGGCUGCCCUUUAGGAUUCUGCCAAGUAGAUUGUGUAUAUUUUAAUUUUCAUUAUUAUCCAUAGCUUAUUUAGGUAUUUAAUUAUCAAUAAAUACCACAUUCAGACACUUGGAACAAUCACUCAAAUUACGCAAUAAUUAAGAAUGUUAAUAAAGAGGAUUGUAAAUUUAUGUGGAUAGAAUGUAAUAUAUUGUAAUAAUUUUGUUGAAAUAGUAAUUCUGUGGACUGAGUCUAUAUUUCUGAACUGUAUAAAUAAGAAAUCAGUGUUUCGUUUGUGAGAGUACUGUUUCAUACACAAGACGCCAUAUUAGAAUGGAAAAAUUUAGGGCGUGGCACAUGAAUUUUGAUUGCUGUUCUCGGAGUUAAAUUAAUUUGAAGUUAUCUACUGUAAAAUUAGAAGAAAUGUCCAGCAUAGAACCAAAACAACUUCUUGGGUGCCUUAGUGGGCUUCUUUCUAAUAAUGGUGGCAUUAAACGCAGAAACGAAGUCCAAAGGAUUGCACGUCUUAUGUCUAAAUAUUCUAAGAAAUUAGUAUCUAAAUGUAUCUACAUACAAAUUCUGAAGUGUACAGAAACUGAACUAUUGGAUUUGUUCAUGAGGUAUAAUGGAUGGCUUUUAAUUCACUUAUGGUUAACAGAAAGCAUAGUAGCAAAAAACUGGCCUCUUGUGAAAGAAUUACUGGAGUUAUUGUUGUUGUGUCCUGUCGACUUAAAUCGACUUAAAACUAAUAAUUGUCCAAAACUCGUUAAAGAAUUAUCUAAGGAUGGAGAUCACUUUGCUAUUAGAGCACUGGCUUCAAAACUGGUUGAGCAAUGGUUAAAAACUGUACAAGGAGAAAAAGUAGUUCCUGUUUUACUGUCUGAUAUUCCUCAGAUAAUUAGUGAUGGCAACGGUGAAAUAAAACCGGAGAUAGUUAAACUAAAAUCUGAGGUAGAACAAGCAAAAGAUACUGCAGAAAAUGAAGAGAGUACUGUUAAAACUGUUAAAACUGAGGAAUGCUGCAAGAGUGAAAAUAUAGAAAUAACGCCCACAGUUAAGGAAGAAAACCAAGAACCUUCAAAAACUGAAAUCAAAAUAGAAACAGACCAACAACUUGAGACUUUGCCUGUCCUUAAAAUUAGUUUAAAAGAUGGUGUUCAAACAGUGUUGAAAGUUGAUGAUACUGAAAACAAAGAUUUGAAAGAAUCCCCAACCAGUGAAAAGUUGAAAGAAAACUCCAAAAAUAAAGAUAAAGAGAAAUCGAGUGAGAAAACCAAAAGUAGUCACACGAAAUCAAAUAGUUCAAAACAUUCGAGUAAAGCACGUUCUUCGAGUGAUAAACAUAAGAGUAGCAGCAGCUCUAGUCGACACAGUAGUAGCAAGGACAAGAAAAAAGAUAAGGAUAAGGAUAGAAGUUCUCAUAGUUCUAAAUCUAAAAGUGAUAGUAUUAAGAAAUCAUCUAGUAGUAGUAGUAGUAAUAGUAGUAGUAGUAGUAAAACAAAAGAUGAUCGUAGCACUAAAAAUUCUGAAAAAGAGAAAAGAGAGAAAGAUGAGAAACUUGGUAAGAAAAAAGAUAAAGACACAAAAGAAAAAUCAGAUGAAAGUAAUGAACAUAAGACACCUUCAAUAUCGAAGCUAGGAAAAAUUCCAAAGCUUAGUGAUUUAAAAAAGGAAAAGCCUUCUAUAUCAAUAGAAGUGAGAAAGCCUGACGAUCCAAAACCGAAAACUGUAAAAGCUUACAAUUCAAAAUUUAGGAAACAUGGAUUGGAGGAGGAGAUAAAACCGCCGCCAUCGCGCUCUGUACUAUUAAAUAAAAAAGUACCACCACCACCCAUACCUCCCAUAGUCUCUAUACCGAAAAGACAUUCUCCAGUACAUAAUGAAACACCACCUGAAAAGAAACUUAAAACUAUGGAAAUAGUAGAAAAACCUGGUUCUAUUAAAUUAAUACCUCCCAAACCAAAACCCAUGACACUUUUGGAAAGCGAUAUGUUUAUGGAUGCACUCAAUGCUUCAGCGACAAAUAAGAAGGAACCAAAGAAAAGAAAAAGGCGUACGAGCGGAUCGAAGGAUGGCAAUCCUAAUGACGGAUCACCUCCACCUACACCGACAUCACUCAGUAGUCCCACAAGCGAAAGUAAAUCUGUACCGCCAAGGUUUUACCAAGAUACUUUGGAUGCAGAAGAACGUAAAGACAAAAGUCAUGAAAGUAAAGAACCAGUUAGUCCCGUGACCACAGAAAAUGAAGUCGAAGACGACAAGAUGGACGUUUCUGGGCCGCAUACAUUAACAGUUAAUGGAUUAAAAGGGGUUUUAUGUUAUCAUAGAAAAAAAGGUCCCAAAAAGAACAUUAAAUGGAAACCUGACAGUGAACUAGAAACUAUUCAUGUAUUUGACCUGGAUGAGACUGAAAGAAUAAAUGUCACCAAAACAUUCACGGAUAUGAAAUAUUUAGAAAGAAUACACGAAAGGGAAGCUUUCGAAAAAGCAAGAAACCUUAGUAAUGACGACGUUAUGGAAGAACGUACAAAUUGGAAGCCUUUGAUUUUAGUAGAUUUAGAAGGACAAUUACAAGUAGAUUAUGGCAAAAACAGUAAAGAGAAAGAUAUACAGGCACUACGACAAAAAGUAACCUUACAACCUUUAUAUUUCAACAAGGCAAUGAUUCCUGAUUCCCCAAUUGAACCAGAAUUAGAAACUCACACCUAUUCUGAACCCUCAAUAAUUCCCUUGGAAGAUGUCACUGGAAAUCAAGAUAAUAUAAGUGAUUUUAGAAAUAUGCCUUGGCCUGAACCGAGAGGUAAUGCUCCACCCCAAACACCGAGUAAUAUGACUGUUGGUGCUAGUCCAUUAUUCCCUAACAAUCUCACACAAUUUUCAAACACUUUUCCUAAUACGCAAUUUCCUGGAGUACCACCUGCCUUCCAAGGCCCUAACAUCGUUCCUGGUGAGUGGCAAAAUGGAAUACCCCAACAGAUGAUACCAAAUGGAAUGCCUGGUCCAAUAGGAACCCACAAUUUAGCACCAGGUGUGAUGCCUCCCGGAAGCCAUCCACAAGGUAUGAUGAUUUCACCUGAGACUAUGAUGAUGGCUCCGGAGAUGUUCGGAAACCCAACUCCAAUGUUUCCUGUACCACCGGAAAGUUUCAAUAUGCAACAGAAUAUGUAUCCGAUGGAUUUCAACAUGGUAGGUCCUCCGGGACCGGGCCCCGAAGGCUUUAAUGGCCCUGGCCCUGGUUCUGGUCCCGGACCUGGUAAUUUUAGAGGAGCCAUGCGUGGUCGCGGUGUCAAUGGUCAUUGGCGCGGAAAGGGUGCGGGGAACUGGGAAAAUCCGUCCAGGGGUGGUAGAGGAGGAGGCCCUCGCGGGAACCGAAAGACAAUUUGUAUGUAUUUUCAAAGGAAGGGAUCUUGUCGGCAGGGCGAUAAUUGUACAUUCUUGCAUCCAGGUGUGAACUGUCCUUUUUAAAGAGAAUAAAUGUAAAUACCUAAAUUAGCCAUAUUGUAAAUAAAUAAAGUAAGAUUAAAAGUAAAUUAGCUGUAAAAGAGUUUGAUACUCAACAAAGACUGGUAAAAUAGCAAAAGAUAUAAAUAUAUUAUAAUGUUAUGUAUAUAAAAGUUUGUACUGAGUAAAAUAGAUAUGUAAUUGAAA